AUCAGCGGGCUCCUAGUAUCAGACGCGCUCAUUCGAACAGCAACCCUCCAAGGGACCAUGUGGUAUUACUACGGAGUGAUCGAUUUUCCUACGUGUCGCUAGCCCCACUCGCUUUGCCGAUCCAGCGUGCUCGCCUUUCCUGGGGCUGACCUUCUCCUUAGUACACUACAGUAUACUGAAUUCGUGUGAUCCGGAGAGUGAGAGAACGAUAACGAAGAGUGAUUGUACGAUUGUGAUCUUUUAUUGCAUCUAAGACUACACCGUCAUCUUUACAAUUCCGUCGUGCUGGCAGGCAGAGCGCACUCGGUGCACGGUGCACGGUGUUUAGUUGAAUCGUCGGCGUGAACCCUUAGCCUCCUACUAGGCAAUGAUAUUGAACGUGAACAAGACCAAGCUUUUGCUUGUGUCGACCUUAGCGGCCAUCGUGAUAGUGGCGGUCGUGGUCGGGCUGGUAAUCGGUUUACGGUCACGCGACCCAUCUGCACCGUCCCAUGUCCGGCUGACGGGUGGUGCUGUCACCUCCAACGGAGUCGAGUGUGCCGAGAUCGGGGCCGACAUUCUACGCCGGAAUGGAUCGGCCGUCGAUGCCGCCAUUGCGACACUCUUCUGCGAGGGUAUUACCUGUCCGCAGAGCAUGGGCCUUGGUGGUGGCUUUCUGGCCACGCUGUACUUCCGCGAUACGAACAAGGCGGAAGCGAUGAUCGCUCGGGAGAUCGCACCAGCCGCCGCUACCCGUGAUAUGUACGUUAACUCUAGCUCCGUGUCGGGUGGUCUGGCGGUGGCCGUGCCCACGGAACUGAAGGGCUACUGGGAGCUCCACCAACGGUACGGGCGGCUCGAGUGGCGAACGUUGGUGGAGCCGACGAUAGAGCUGUGCCGCAGGGGCCAUCAGGUUACCGGAUAUUUGGCCCGUAUCCUUGCUGGUCGCACGGAGCGCAUCCGGAACGAACCGUCGCUGCGGGAUGUGUUCCUGAAUCCGGCCACACAGGAACCGUGGCAGGAAGGGGACGUCCUGAAGCGUCCACAGCUGGCGGAAACCCUCGAAAUCAUCGCCAAGGAGGGUGCGGCGGCCAUAUACAGCCCCAACGGAACGCUGCUGCCACUGUUGAUGAAAGAUCUCAAGCAAUUCGGAAGCAUCAUAACGGAGGAAGACUUUUACAACUAUAAACCACGGUGGGUCGCACCAGCGCACACAAGUAUUGGAAAGUCUAGUCAGGUGUACUCCAUCCCGCUCGCGGGCAGUGGCACCAUUCUGACCUACAUGCUGAACAUUCUGGACAGCUUCGGCAAGCUGACGAUGGGCGAUCCGCUGUCCUGGCACCGGAUCGUCGAGAGCUUUAAGCACGGCUACGGGCUGCGGACACGCGUCGGCGAUCCUGCGUUCGUGCCCGGCAUCGAGACGGAGCUGCAGAAGCUGGGCAGCAAAACGUACGCCCAGUUUAUCUCGGAAACCAUUGCCGACGACUCGACACACUCGGAGUACGGCCACUACGGCGCGCUGUUUUCGACGGAGAACGAUCAAGGAACGGCUCACGUGUCGAUACUGGCACCGAACGGGGAUGCCGUGGCGGUUACGAGCACCAUCAACAAUAUGUAAGUUUGUCGUAGAACGAUUCUGUCGAUCGUGAUAGCUGCGAUUGUACUUACAAUCAUCACCGUCGUGAUUGUGCUCGCGGCCAAAGGCAGCACACUUGAUCCGAAUGCUUCGAACCGGGCCGGUGCCGUCGUAGCGAAUGGAGCGGAAUGUGCCGCAAUUGGUGCCAGCAUCUUGAGGCUAAACGGUUCGGCGGCCGAUGCUGCGAUCGCCACACUGUUCUGUGAAGGAGUUACUUGUCCGCAGAGUAUGGGCCUGGGUGGCGGGUUCCUGCUGACGAUCUAUGAUCGCCAGAAUGGUACGGUCGAGACGUUGAAUGCACGUGAAUCGGCACCGGCCGCCGCCCAGCGGGACAUGCUGACGGAUGUGUCGAAGAAACGUGCGACGGAUGCGCGUGGUUUGACGGUGGCGGUGCCCGGUGAGCUGAAGGGUUACUGGGAGCUGCAUCAGCGGUACGGACGGCUCGAGUGGAAAGCGCUGGUCGAGCCAACGAUUGCGCUCUGCGAACGAGGACACAUUGUAACGCCGUAUUUGAGUCGCAUUUUGAAACGUGUGGAGAAUCAGCUCUACCGCGAACCGUCGAUGCGCGAGGUGUUCAUCAAUCCGGCAACGAAUCGUACCUGGCAGGAAGGGGACACCAUCAAGCGGGUAAAGUUGGCGGCCAGCCUGCGCAUCGUAGCGGCCGAAGGUGUGGACAGUUUGUACAGCAAGAACGGAACGCUCCUCAAGAUGCUAAUGAAGGAUCUGCAGACAUUUGGAAGCAUUAUCGUGGAGGAAGAUUUCCUAAAUUACAGACCACGCUGGGAAUCGCCGGACAGCGUUGAGCUACGUUCCGGAACCAAGGUGCACUCGAUUACCGUGCCGGGCAGUGGAACCAUUCAAAACUUUAUGCUCCGCAUUCUGGAUGGUUACAGCCACAUGCCACCAAAGGAUCCGCUCACGUGGCACCGGAUAGUGGAGAGCAUGAAGUUUGCGUACGGAAUGCGAACGCGCAUCGGCGACCCUGCCUACACGCCGGAAGCAAUCGAAUUGAUCCGGAAUCUCACGGAUCCACAGUUUGCCAGCUUCAUCCGUGAGCAACGGAUCGACGAUAAUGCAACACACACGGAUUUCAAGUAUUACGGGGCCGAGUUUGCGGAUGUGAACGACCAGGGCACGGCCCAUAUCUGCGUGCUGGCUCCGAAUGGGGAUGCCGUUUCAGCAACCAGUACCAUCAACUAUCUUCUUGGUGCCAAAAUCCGAUCGCAAUCCACGGGAAUCAUACUGAACGACGAGAUGGAUGAUUUCGCAACGCCCGGUACGGUGAACACGUAUGGAUUACCGGCUUCACCGGCCAAUUUUAUAACACCCGGUAAGAUCCCGCUAUCAUCGAUGACACCGACGAUCGUGACGGACAAAGCGGGCGAGGUGCGCAUGGUGCUUGGUGGUGCUGGCGGAUCGCGUAUCACCAGUGCGACAGCGGUCAUGAUCUAUCGGUAUCUGAUGUUCGGUGACGAUCUGGAUACGAUCAUGGGAGAGAAACGUUUACACCACCAGCUGGCGCCGAUGUGGGUGGACUACGAACCGGGCUUCGACCAAACCAUCCUCGAUGGGCUCGUCAAAAAGGGGCACCAGGUGAAGGAGAAAACUCCGGAUGCUGGAUUUGCGGCAGCGACCGGAAUCGUGAAGGACGAAACUCACGUGGUGAAUGCGGCGUUCGAUCCGCGGCGAGGUGGUAGUGCCGAAAUCCUAAAUGCCUGAGAAAUGGCACGUUGAAGUACAAGCUCUGUAUACCCAAGGUAUAUUUUUAUGCCCCCCUAUAAGAUAUCACAUGAACGAACACCCUCAGAAUGAAUGGUGUUACUUUGACAAUAAAGAGAAUGAUUUAGAAAAUCU